UGUUUUCGACGUGUAUUGAAGAUGGCGGAGUCUGCCGUGAGAUCAAAGGGAUGGAAUUUGACAGCAGAAGGAUUAACGUUUUGUUCGCCAUCAGAUGGAAAUGUGUCUGCAGAUAAAGUAAUAGAAGUGGCUAAAACUACUGACUUACGUGAGAUUGGUGAGAAGUGGCUACCAGAUGAGGUGAACCGAGGGAAGUGUGAAUAUGUGGAAGGUCCAGGAGUCCUUCAGAUUCAGAAAAUCCGCAACAUUUCGGCCCCAAAAGAACAUGAGGAAUCUCAGACAGCUCCACGUAUGCUGCGUCUGACACUGACAGAUGGACAGCAGAACUGUAAUGCUAUUGAGAUGCAGAGACUGGAUAGGAUAGGGCUUGAUACACCACCAGGAACCAAGAUCUGUAUUAAGGGUACAGUAGAGGUGGAAAAUGGCUUCCUCUUACUAACCAACAAAAACACAGUGUUUGUUGGGGGACGUGUCAACAAACUAGCAGAGAACUGGGAGCUAAAAAAGAUGCUGGCUGGACAAUCUAGAGCCAAUGUGGGCUCUGAAGGAGGGCCUCCAUUAUUCGUCCCCUUUGGCCAGAGAAUAAGAGAUGGGAGGGGUUCAAUAACUUUAAAGUCCAUUGAAUCCACUAAGAAAGAGGAGAAGACAGCAGAGGAGCUUGAGUUUGAGCAGCAGCGGAAGGCAACCAUAGCAGAAGCACUGCAGGCCAAGGAAGAAAGCAAGCCCAAAACAUUUGGUGGAGGUACAAAACAGGUAGGGAUGGACAGAGAAAUAUCUAGGAUCGUAGAGAUGGGAUUCACAGCUGAAGAAGCCAGUCGGGCACUCCGACAAAGUGACAAUGACGUCACAUCGGCCAUAAAUCAGCUACUGAGUGGGAGGAGAAACUUCAGAGACCGGCCCAUGAGUGAUCGUGGUGACAGGCGGGGACCACAAAGAGACUUUAGAGAGGACCGACAAGACAAUAGGAGAGAUGACAGACGCAACGAUAGACGAGAUGACAGGAGAGACGAUAGGCGUGAUGAUAGACGGGACGACAGGAGAGAAAAUGCAAAAGGGGGUCGAGGGCGUGGCCGGGACAGGGAGGAGUUUGGAGAAGAUGCGGGGUCUAGCCGGCCCUCGGGACCUGCCACUCUGUUUGACUUCUUAGAAACCAAGAUAAAACCAUCAAAUGACAAAAGCAGUAAUCAACAAACAGAGAAAAAUUCUUCCCAGAGUUCCUCGUCCUCAUACACAAAGUCACAAAAUCAGUACUCAACCAAUCAGAACAGUCGAAACAGUGAUUCAGAUUAUGGUAAAAAAUAUCAAGGAAAUGAUAGAGACAGUUAUCCACCAACUAAAAACUAUCGCGGUGGAAGAGACACUCACCCCCAAACAGGACCAGCCUCUGUCUCUAGAGGUCAGAACUCACAGAAAUCUUCCUCCCAUGAUAAUCAAAACAGUGAAAAGACAUCUGCAAGGUCCAACUUUUCUAAUGACAGAGGAAAGCAAAGUUACGGCAAUCAGUCAGGCAACCAAACAGGUAACAGCAGUCAAAAUGACUACAACAAUAGACAAUACAAUAGUAAUAGUUCUAGGGUGGAGGAUAGAGGGGGAAACAAUCACUCACGGGGUACAGUCAGCAACAGUGGAAGUAGUGGUGACGCCAGUCGACAGAGCCAUCCAGUAAAGUCACAGGGUAACAACAACAGGAGGGAUACUCCGACAAACUCGUCCCAGAACUACAAUACACAGUCCGGUGCUCAAAAUGAUAAUCGGCAAUAUGGAGGGCAAAAUGGGAGCAAGCAAUAUGGACAAGGUGAAAAUAAAGCAUAUGGAUCACAGAAUGACAGUAGGCAAUAUGGAAGGAAUGAUAACAGACAUUAUGGUCAAAAUAACAGUCGGCAGUAUGGUGGUCCACAAAAUGAAAGUAGGCAAUAUUCACAAAGUGAAAGUAGACAUUAUAGUGGAUCACAUUCUGAACAGUACAGACAGGAAGAUCAACAUUCAGGCCAGCAGAACUUAGACAGUAAACGAAACAAAGAAUACAGUAAAGGGCCACAAAACACACAGCCAAUGAGACAACCAAACGAUUCGACAAACCAGAGAGGAAAUAAGAAAAAUUAUCAAAACCAGCAACAGAAUUUCCCUGUCCCGUCCACGGCAUCAUUUAAGAAAGGUGACCCUUGUCUGGCCAAAUACUGGGAAGAUAACAAGUUCUAUCCAGCUGUAAUACAAGCACUGUAUCCAGACCUGCCAACCUGUAUUGUGUUGUUUCCAGAAUAUGGAAAUGAGGAGGAGGUCAACCUUACUGAUGUAAAACCCUUGAGCAUGCCUCCCAGUCAGUACCUACCUCAACAACAACAGCAUCCCCAGCAGCAGUAUACGGACUAUGGCGGCCACCAACAGGGAGGACAACUUGGCCAUGACAACCACAUUAACAGCAUGGAGUUCCGACGAAGACCAACACGAACGGAACAAGGCAAGCCUACACAGGCAUUCUACCAACCCCCUAGUCAACGGAACUGAUCAGAUACUGACGACCCAGACAUAUCGUCGACUGGUUUAUAGUGCUUCCCCGGUGUAAAAUCUCUGUAAGAUUAUCACUUGUAGAACACCAGAUUAAACAAUUUUUAGAUAAAUUACUAUUAUGGAUGCUCAAACCUGGUUUUAUAAGUUCCAUGCUUUUACUAAGGCCAGUAAAUAUAUUUGAUGUACUAGUUUACAAGCAUGCUAAUAUGGUCAUUGUUUACAUCAAUAAUGUACUUGGUAUUUACAUAUUUCAGGUAAAUAUUAGUUUUUGUUUUUAAUAUGUAUUUUGUUGCAUAAAUAGAUUUAUAAUUAUGUGAAUUUGAUAACAAAUCCUGUUGGCGAUGUAGUUAAUCUUUAUACAGCAUGAUGUCUAAACUGUACUCAGAAAUCUGGAUGUUUGCAUCAUAAGCCAGCCAAAUGAUUGGUUUCUAUAGCAAAGUAUAAAGAGUCCAUAUUGUACAAAACUAAACUGUAUAAACUAGUAAAUGUAUGUGGUCCCAUGGUGCCUGGUUUAGAGAGUACGGUAGAUGUUGUAGUGCUGGUACACUUAAGGAUAUAUGCUACCUUACUGUAAACUAUCCUCAAAGGUGUCAAGAGUGUAUGGUGUAAUUGCUUCAAUUUCAAGAUUUGUGUUAAAAUUGUGAGUAAUAUGCCAAAUUGAUAAGCGUGCAGAGUUCAAAUACACAUAACAGUGUAUUUCAGUGACGUUUCAAACAGUGGAUUGAUCUUGCUGUUAUCAUUAACACAAUCCUUGCACAUUAUUCAUUUGAAAUGCUUUCACAGAAACAAGUAUUUUUAGAAAUUAAAUGAUUUACAAUAGAUUUUCAGAGUGAUAACACAGAUUAACAUAUACAUGGAAUAAGGCAGCAUAAUACUCAUUAAACAGAUUUAACACAAGUCUGCAGAUUCAUUGAUUUUGUAUUGUUCAGUAAUAUCAAUAAAAUGUUAUGGUGAAGUGAACAAAUUUACUGAAGUGUCAAGAAUAUAUCCGACCUAGAAGUGUAAUCAUAUUGUUGUACACAGACACCUUAGAAAUUGUGUUUCUGUUUUAAGUACCAUACAUAUAAUUGGUAAAUUACAUGACAAAAUACUGACUUCCAAUUGGCUACACACAUGGAAAGUAUGAGGCUUUAGUGCCCGCUUCUCAAAGGUACUAGUCAAAAAAGGAAUGACAUUGAACAUGAAUCUAGAGUGACAUUCUUUGUUAUGGUUGUGUUGGAUGCACACAAUGAAAAUGGCUUUCACCGAUAGAUCCAAAAUUGAUGGUUGAAUAUUGAAAUUAGCGAAUUAUAAAACGAUGAAUUAAUGUACCGGUAAUGUCUUAAGCCCAUUAUGGUCUUGUUGAGUAGUAUACUUGCCUCUGGUCAUCCUCACUUCGGCUAAUUCACCCAACAAAGGUUGGCAAGGGAUAUACAAACAAGUCCCAUCUGUUCGCAGGCAUUUCUGAAGCAUAUCUCAAAACAGUUAAAGAUAACUCCGCAAAACUUUCUACACACAUCUAUCCAGUGGUCUAGUAGUGUCUACUGCUAUAGAGAUUUCCAGUUUGGAUAUAUCUUUGGUUACCAUUGAAACAGAUAGUCCAGUAAAUAUCUCCAAAACUGCUUGAAAUUUAAUCACCACUUCGGUUCGGAUCCAUCUUUUAUAUUAACUACAGUAACUGGUAUUAUUGGAUACCUCUAUUAAAUUAUAAGCAUCCUAUUGAAUAAUCCACAUAUCAACAGCCUUUCUAAUUUCAGACUUUUAUCUCUAGAUGAAUGAUGAAUGCUUUUGUGUAUGUCUGCAGAAAGCUGUUAAAUACCUAGUGUGAUAAUUAAUACUGAAGACGAUUUUAAAUUAUAUUUGGUACUGGCAUUAGGUGUUUUUUUUAUUUCACAAUAUCUCCUGUGCAAAAGAGGUUUAAUUGUGAUUAGAAAUCAAACUACAUGGUCAUUGAAGGUUAUAAAUUAAGACUGUACAAAAAAAUGUAGAAAAUAAAUCAGACAAGUCAAAAGUCAAGGUCACAUCUUUACUCAUGAACAUAGAGUACAGUAUGUAGUUUUACUUAUAUGCUUACUUUGUAGAACAGGAGCAAUGAAAGUGUUGUAUAAAAAUCUAGCAAAUAUAAACCAUUAUUGAAUUACCCCGGUACAUGUUCCUUACAGGGCAGGUAAAAAAUCUGUGUCACUGGUCCUUUGGGAAAGUUUGGUUAAUAAGCACAGAAGGUGAAAGAUAGUGAUCAAACUAAACUGAAUUUAGUAGCAUCACAAAUUACUCCAAGGAAGAGGUAAAGAUUAUGAGAAAUUUUGCACUUGAAUUUCGGAUAAGUAAUUACCAAUUUUAGCUUUCUAACAGUACAAAUCUUCUGGCCCUGGGCUUCAGACCAGGUUCUUUCCUACCCUGUCUUAUAAAACCUUUAUAUAAAGUUUAAAUGUAAUUAUUUAAUAACUAAUUAAAUGUUGAUUCUUAGAUACCAACUGGACAUUUUACUUGUAUGCCUUUUAUUAUUCGUGUGGCUAUUUAUAAGUGUAUAGUUUUACCGGUCUUUAACAACUUUUCAAUUGAAAUUUUAGUUUUUAGAAUGGUUAUUUAUCCUUAUAGAAAUCCAGGAUAUAAAAUAUGAAACUUUUUUUCCAAAAUUUUAUAUCAUCAAAUGCUUGUCAAAUUAUCAGAUCAAGUGAUAUAUUUGUUUUGACAUACUGCUGGAGAAUUGUAUAAAUGAACAUUUUCAAUGCUGAUUUGUAUUAUUUAUAUGCAAUUGGAUGUACCACAAUUAAGUUAUAAUCAAUUUUGUAUAAUAAUUAACCUCGAUGAUAUGGUUGUGUAUGUGUUCUGUCUGUACUCCAUCCCAAAGUUUAUCUCGAUUGAGGCAAAGGGAUGUAUCAAAACAUUAAACUCUUUGUAAGGAUUUUUUUUCUGCA